AGGAAAUAUACAUGUGGAGAGAGUUGUUUAACAUCUGUUCACACUCUGCUAGCACAUCUAACAGACCCUGCUCACUGACGAAUCCUAGAUACUCAUUUAACAAUCUUUUCUAGCCUGCCUUAUCACUAAGACUCACAAGAUGGCACGGUGUAAUUUCCUUGGAUUUGUCUUACUGGUGGCUGUAGUGAUUUUGUCCUCUUUGAGGACAUUAAACUCGGUGGACGAGCUGAAUAAGACAGGAUUUGGCAGACCACCACCAAGACACGGACUUGCACUGCUUGUGUGGUAUGUUCAAAACUGUAUUGACAACAACAUGAUGUCUCUCUGCGACCCCAUGAAAGGUGAUUAUGGUUUCCAUGAGUUCAAGAACACGGGACCAAUUUUUCUCCUUCCCAGGCUGAAGGAUAAGAAGACAUAUGGCUACUAUACCAUAGGAAACCUUCAUUACACACAUGCCAAUGAUCUACCCUAUGAAGUCAAGAAAUAUUAUAAUCGACAUGACCCAAAGAGCAACAUGGACAGAGUCAUUGUGAAGUAUAAUAAAAACAAGAACAAAAUAGAGGAAGUGUUCAUAUCUGAGCACUAUAAAAAGUUAAAGACAUAUAUUGUUGGUUCGUCUCUUAUCACUGAGUUAAGACAACAGUAGUUGUCACAUUAAGAAAUGUGCACAAUAAUGUUUUCUAGAAAGUUUUAUGCAAUAUAUUAAAAGAGGGUGUUUUGUUUUGGUUAUAUAUUUAGUAUCUAAAAAAACUCUAGCAUUUUAAACUAAAUCUAUAUAGCUUAUCUGUACCAUAUGAAGGAUUACCACAAAUGAUAAUUUUGGCAAAUAUAAUUUUAUAAUGAAAAUCUUGUAAAUCUUAGAAGUCUUCUGUUAAUUAACCUCCAUAAUUUGUCACAAAUUGUGUUUCACAGUCUGUCAUGUAAGCGGUUGGUUUCUGUCUACAAUCAUUAUAACUAAGCCAACUUUCACUUCUCAAUAUUACAGAUGUUUCCCUAUAUUUAGUCACUUCUCACUUUCACUCCCUCUAUCUUGCAGCACAAACUAAACAUGUAUUUUACAAUGAAUACUUGCCAAAUAAAUUCUUAAAACUUAAAAGAAAUUAUAGAUGUUUUACUUCAUUUUAGUCCUUUAUCAAGCAAUUAUAUUAGUUUUAUUAAUUAUAUUAGUGUCAUUCUAAGAUGUGUCGGUAGAACAUGAGACUCUUAAUCUGAGGAUUGUGGGUUUAAACCCCACACUGGGCACCAAACCCAGCCACUGGGGUUGCACCAGCUGUGCCAGUGCCAGUUCCAGGCCCAAGCCUGGAUAAAAUGGAAUGGCUGCAUCAAGAAGGGCGUCUGGCGUAAAUCCUGUGCCAAACCAAAUAUGCGGAUCAUAAACCGGAUUUCCAUAAUAGACACGGGUGAUUCACUGUGGCGACCCCUAACGGGAGCAGCUGGAUGAAGAAGAGGAAAAUCAGGAAAAAAAGAAGUAAAGUAAACACAAAAAGCUUAAAUCAAAAUAUCAAAGAAAUCAAAAACCUUGUAAAUAUGUACAUGGAAAAGGUGCAGUGGGUAGUGUUGCCCCUGGUUCAAUCUUGAUUUCUGGUUACUUGAGAACCUUCACACUAACUCUCAAUGGUGGAAUGAACCUCAAUCCAGACAGAACAAUCCGUUACUAUAUUCAAAAAAUGGCUAAAGACCCACCGCUUCCGUGAACACUUAACUAAUCCCUAACUUGACCUGCAUGUAUAUAUACCUGCUUUUACACUGCUACUCUGUACACUUUGUUCCUCUAGCAGUCAAUUUAAAAAAUCUUGUAUAGUAGCACUACUUGUAUUGUUCUCUGCUUCAUAUAUUGCUUUGCUUGUAUUUCCUCAUUUGUAAGUCACUUUAGAUAACAACAUCUGCUAAAUGAAUAAAUGUAAAUG